CCCGCGCGGCAGGGACAUCCCAGUCCCGCUUGGUGCUCCUCGCCCGCCACCCGUGCGCCCAGUCCGCGAGGCCAGCCCAGUUCUCCCGGUCCGCACUGCCCGCCAGCCGGCCCGUCCCCCACCGCAACCAUGGACGCCAUCAAGAAGAAGAUGCAGAUGUUAAAACUGGACAAGGAGAAUGCCAUCGACCGCGCAGAGCAGGCCGAGGCCGACAAGAAGCAAGCUGAGGACCGCUGCAAGCAGCUGGAAGAGGAGCAGCAGGCCCUCCAGAAAAAGCUCAAAGGGACGGAGGACGAGGUGGAAAAGUAUUCUGAGUCAGUGAAGGAUGCCCAGGAGAAGCUGGAGCAGGCUGAGAAGAAAGCCACUGACGCUGAGGCAGAUGUGGCCUCCCUGAACCGCCGCAUCCAGCUGGUAGAAGAGGAGCUGGACCGGGCGCAGGAGCGUCUGGCCACAGCCCUGCAGAAGCUGGAGGAGGCUGAGAAGGCAGCUGAUGAGAGCGAGAGAGGAAUGAAGGUCAUCGAAAACCGAGCCAUGAAGGAUGAGGAGAAGAUGGAGCUGCAGGAGAUGCAGCUGAAGGAGGCCAAGCACAUCGCCGAGGAUUCAGACCGCAAAUAUGAGGAGGUGGCCAGGAAGCUGGUGAUCCUGGAAGGAGAGCUGGAGCGCUCUGAAGAGAGAGCUGAGGUGGCUGAGAGUAAAUGUGGGGACCUUGAGGAGGAGCUGAAAAUUGUUACCAACAACUUGAAAUCCCUGGAAGCCCAAGCGGAUAAGUAUUCCACCAAAGAAGAUAAAUAUGAAGAGGAGAUCAAACUGCUGGAGGAGAAGCUAAAGGAGGCUGAGACCCGAGCAGAGUUUGCCGAAAGGUCGGUGGCCAAGUUGGAGAAAACCAUCGAUGACCUGGAAGAUGAAGUCUAUGCACAGAAGAUGAAGUACAAGGCCAUCAGUGAGGAGCUGGACAACGCGCUCAAUGACAUCACCUCCCUCUGAGCCUCUCACCAGUGCGGCCCUCGGCCCCCUCUCUUCUCCUUUCCAUUCUCUCUCUGGGAAGCAGGGCCAGCAGGAGGAGCAGAAACUGCCAACACUGCACAGCCAGGCUGGGUGCAGCCUAGGAGAGCCCCCGCCACAUCCGCUGCCCAUCCUGGCACUUGCUUCAUCCUUCUAUAUCCGUCCACUCCUCCCUCUCCCCGCCGGCCUCCACCACUCUCUGCUGCUUAAUAAACUCCAUUUGGUCUCCA